AUGUACAUGAUUCGCUGUGAAUGUACAAAGGAGGCUUCGCCUACCAAGAUGACAUCCUUCAGCGUUUCGUUGGCGCCCUACUUAUUUCUACCCUACUUUCCGGGCAAGACUAGUCCUGAUGUGUACAUGAUCUGGUGCAACCGCACGGACAACUACGCGACGAUCUGUAAGAUGAACAGCAACAACCAUAUUAUGCGGCCCAAGGACUGGGGCAUUUCCAUCUACCAGUCUAUCUGGCUGCCGUCGACAUUGGCGACAUCGUCCCAGACUCUGUAG